AAAAAAAAAGCUCCCGACUGAUCCGGCUCGUUGCGGUAAGCGUAUCAAUAUGAGAAGGGGUUACAGUUACAGUCCUUCGCCACCAAGGGGUUACAGGAGAAGGGCUCGCAGCCCGACUCCCCGUGAUUAUAAUGGUGACCGUGGUAGAGAUCUACCAACCAGUCUUUUGGUCAGGAAUCUCCGUCGGGACUGCAGGCCAGAAGACCUUCGUCGCCCAUUCGCACAGUUUGGUCGAGUUAAAGAUAUAUAUCUCCCAAGAGAUUAUUACACUGGGGAGCCCCGAGGAUUUGGGUUUGUGCAGUUUUAUGAUCCUGAAGAUGCUGCUGAUGCAAAGUACUACAUGGAUGGGCAAAUAGUUCUUGGCAGGCAAAUAACUGUUGUAUUUGCGGAGGAGAAUAGGAAGAAGCCUCAGGAGAUGAGAGCUAGGGACAGAGUCAGAGGUCGUUCCUAUGACCGGAGAUAUUCUCGCUCUAGGUCCCCUCCUUAUUCUAGGGGCCGUUCUCCUUCACGCAGCUACUCGAGGUCUCCUUCACCUCCGAAUCCAAAACACAGGCUCAGGGAGAGGUCCUACUCACGCUCACCUGUUGACAGCAGAUCAAGAAGCGGGAGCCCCUAUGAGGAGCGAUACCGCAGAUCCUCACCAAGAGAGAGGUCUCUCCCUGUUAGCGGAUGAAGUAGUCUUAUGAUCUGGAGCUACUACUGUGAAAUCAGCGCUUGCCGAGUGGUGACCUACUUGCUGUGUAUUUCUGAACCAUAUGAUCUGUGGUGUAUCCAAGAUAAUUCCCAGUAGUAUCGACAGACUAUCGUCAGAGUAUGGCAAUUCAGAACGUUUGUUACCAAUUCGGACCAUCUGUUGUCUGUAGAGUGAUUGCUUUGGGUGUAAUAGGCUGGUUUACGGUAUGAAUAAAGUUGGUUGGAUUACGAUA